AAGAACUAUUGUACCCACUAAACUAAGACACAGAGUAUUAAAAGAGCUUCACAAGGGACAUCUAGGUGUGGUGAAAAUGAAGGCACUUGCCAGAAGUUUUGUGUGGUGGCCAGGCAUUGAUGAAGACAUCGAGAAAAUAGCGCAGCAAUGUAGUGGCUGCCAGAUGGUUCAGAAUGAUCCAGAACGUGCACCACUUCAUCCAUGGGAAUGGCCUACAUUACCAUGGCAGCGGCUUCAUAUCGACUUUGCAGGACCAUUCAUGGGGACAACUUUCCUGGUGGUAGUCGACGCAUGCUCUAAAUGGCCAGAGGUUUUCAUUAUGAGCUCCACCACUACUUCUCACACUAUUGAAGUACUAAGGAAUUUAUUUGCUAGAACUGGAGUUCCACAACAACUGGUGAGUGACAACGGACCCCAGUUCACAGCAACAGAUUUUCAGAUUUUCCUCCACAAAAAUGGCAUACGGCACAUUACAUCUGCCCCAUGGCAUCCAGCCACAAAUGGCCAGGCAGAGAGGUUUGUGCAAAGUUUGAAACGAGCCCUUCGAGCAAUGACAAAUGAGAAGCUGACCCUUCAGCAAAAAUUGGCCAACUUCUUAUUUGCAUAUCGAAUUCCAUCCAUGCUACAACUAACCAGACUCCAGCUAUGUUGUUCUUUGGCGUCCUCUUCGCUCUAG